AUGGCUUCUGCCCCUGAUACCACUUCCAUCCCGGGUUACACCAUCUUCCGGGGGGGAGACUAUGACAGCGUUGCUGCCGCUGCCAUGCUUCCCCAGGGCACUCCCCACCCCCUCGAUCAACUCUCCAUUAAGGAAAUCCCCGAGGUCGCGAAGAUUGUCCGUGACUACAUCAACCCUAAGACCGUCAAGUUCAACUGCAUCACCCUCCGUGAGCCCCGCAAGGCCGAAUAUGCUGCCUUCAAGGCUGGCAAGAUCCCCGCCCCGGAUCGCCGCGGAUUCGCUAUUAUCAUUGUCCGCGAGACUGAGCAAGUUGCUGAGGUCGUUGUCAACCUGAAGACCCACAAGGUCGAAGAAUACAAGGAAAUCACAAAUGCUAUGCCCACUCUCACUCUGGAGGAUCUCGAUGUUAUGGAGCGCAUUGCCCGCAAGGAUGCUCGCGUCAUUCGUGCCUGUAACGAGAUUGGCAUCACUGAUAUGUCUAAGGUUUUCCUGGACGCCUGGGCCAUUGGUAUCGACGAGCGAUGGGGCUACGACCGCCGCCUCCAGCAGGGUCUUGCCUACUACCGCAACUCCGAGUUCGACAACCAGUACGCUCACCCUCUGGAUUUCAGCGUUGUUGCCGAUACCGAGAAGGAAGAGGUCCUGAGUGUUGAUGUGCGCCUCGUCAACGGCGAGCGCACUGCUCCUCCGCUGGAGGAGCACAACUUCCUCCCCGACUUUGUUGGCGACAAGUACAACCACGACCGCCUCAAGCCCAUCGAUAUCACCCAGCCUGAGGGUGUCUCCUUCAAGGUCCGCGGUAACGAGCUGUCUUGGGCCAACUUCAAGAUGCACAUUGGCUUCAACUACCGCGAGGGUAUCGUCAUCUCCGAUGUCCGCUCCCACGACAUGUACGAGGAUCGUGAGCGCACCCUGUUCAACCGUAUCUCCGUUGUUGAGAUGGUUGUCCCCUACGGCUGCCCCGAGAAACCUCAUCACAAGAAGCACGCCUUCGAUGUCGGCGAGUACGGUUCCGGUCUCAUGACCAACUCCCUCAAGCUGGGUUGUGAUUGCAAGGGUGCCAUCCACUAUAUGGAUGGUGUUAUGUCCACUGGAAACGGCGAGGCCGCUGUCAUCAAGAACGCCAUUUGCAUCCACGAAGAGGACAACGGUCUUCUGUACAAGCACACCGACUACCGUGAUGGUACCGUCAUCUCUGCCCGUGACCGUAAGCUCAUCGUGUCUCAAAUCAUCACUGCCGCCAACUAUGAGUACGGUUUCUACCAUACCUUCACCCUGGACGGUACCUACAAGCUCGAGAUGAAGCUCACUGGUAUGCUCAACACCUACUGCAUGCACCCCACCGAGACCGCCGCCCCCUACGGUACUCAAGUCGCUGCCGAUAUCACCGCCCACAACCACCAGCACAUCUUCUCCCUCCGCGCCGCCGACUACUGCUACGAGACCCAGCGCUCUUGGGACAUUGUCAACCCCAACCGCAUGAACGAGAUCGCCAAGAAGCCCAUCGGCUAUAAGAUCCUCAACAACAACUGCCCCCCUCUCCUCGCCAAGCCCGGCAGCACCGUCUACAACCGCGCUGCCUUCGCCCGCAAGCCCCUCUGGGUCACCCCCUACAAGGACUACGAGCUCUUCCCUGCUGGUGACUACGUCUGCCAGUCCACCGGUGAAGAGAACCACCCCCACAACUCCACUAUCCUGGACUGGGCCAAGCGCAAUGAGAACAUCGAGAACACCGAUAUCGUCUGCUACAUUCAGUUCGGUCUCACUCACUUCCCCCGCACAGAGGACUUCCCCAUUAUGCCCGCGGAGCCUGUCAGCGUUAUGCUGCGUGCCUCUAACUUCUCCAUCAAGAACCCCGGUCUCUGGGUGCCUCCUAGUGCCAUCUGUGUGGACACCAUGUCCAAGAAUGCAUUCGCGACUUCCUGCUGUGCGGCUAAUGCCCCAGCAAGCUCGUCCAGACUGUAA